AUGCAAAUCAUCAAAGUUACCCUAUUCCUCUGCGCUGCAAUGGGCACAGUAGCCACCCCCAUUGAUUCUGUAUCAGACGGCCUCGAUGCUAGAGCUGAAUCCAGCGCCCUGCGCGACUACAACGGAGUAUGCUUCAGAGCCAAGAACGAAUGCAGAUACAAGAAUGAUCGCGAAAAGACCAGCUACGUCAAGUGCUCUUCGACCAUCGCGAAUAACAGGCCGGGAAAUCCGUAG